GCUUGACUCUGUCAACACAACAACGAAUUCUAAUCAUCUGUUUACUCUCGUGAUAUUUAUACAGAAUGACGAAACCAAAGGUUACCCUCUUCGUCGACAUCGUCAGUCCCUUUGCCUAUCUGGGGUUCUACGCGCUGCAGAACUUCUCUGUCUUCAAGCAAUGCGAGAUUACAUAUAUCCCGGUUUUCUUGGGCGGCUUGAUGAAAGCUUGUGGAAAUACACCGCCGCUUGCCAUUAAGAACAAAGACAAAUGGAUAAACACCGAACGCCUCCGUUGGGCGAAAUACUUCAACAUCCCCGUCUCCAAAGACGCACCCCCCGGCUUCCCCAUCAACACCAUCUCCAUCCAGCGCGCCCUAACCGCCAUUUCGCGCUCACACCCACAAUGCCUCCCUAGCGCAAUUUCCCUCUUCUACCAGAAUUUCUGGGUACACUACGCCGAGCCCACGAAGCCUGAAAAUCUCUUAGCUAUCGUGCGCACUGUGGUAGGCUCGGAUGAGGAAGCUAAGAAGGUGGUGGAGGCCAGUAAGAGUGAUGAAGUGAAGAAGGCGCUGACCGGGAAUACGGAUAGGGCUUUUGAGGAGGGGGCUUUUGGGUUGCCUUGGUUUGUCGCUACGAAUGCAAAAGGAGAGACGGAGGGUUAUUGGGGAAUUGAUCAUAUGGGCCAGAUAGUGGACCACUUAGGUCUCGAAAGGCCAAACGAGAAGGGCCGGAGAGCUCUUCUAUAAGCCAUACAGCGGUAAGAGAGUAGCCAAGGUUUGGCAUCAACCAUGUGCUCCGAGUUAUCACAGUCUAGACAUUACGAUUACUUAGAAGUUAUCCGAAUGAUAAAGGAAAGGCCACCUCCACUCGUCAUCUCGAAGCUCUUUCGGCUUCC